CAUGGGGACAGGGUGCUCCGUGCUUGGGAGGCAUGUGGGUGGGGGGGAUAAGGCUGGUGUUGUAAGCCGGUUCCCCUCCCCCCAUCUUCUUGCUGGACUGGAGCGUGUCCUGGCUGAGCUGUGUAAGGUGGUUGCAGUGCUAAGUCAGACUGUGCCUUGCCCUAGAGGUGGCUGCAUUUUAGUGAUAGCAGCAGCACAAUCUCUUGCGCGCACACGUGCGCUGCAGGGCAUGUUGGAGCCCCCAGGCACUGCCUGAGAGCAGGAUGGAGCUGUGAGCUGAGCAGCAUCAAGCCCUUGGCCAGGUUGCAAGUGCUGCUGAUGCCAGGGCUGUGGCCUGGCGCUCCGCAAGAGAGGCAUUUAUCUAGCCUAGCUGCUCCCCUUCCUGCACAGGGCUCCAGGGAAUGUAGCCAGCGCCUACUCUGAAAGGGCCUUUUGUGACUCCAGGCUCACUGCAGCUGAAGAGGCUGAAUUGGGCUUUGCACCGCUACCGUGCACGUUGGGAGCGGGAGUAAGACCACUUCCACUGCUGAGCAAACACUGGGACCACAGUCCUGUGAAUAGCUGCCCUGCCUCAGGGCUUCUGGGAGCCUCGGCCCAUCCCUUACCCAGGCAGCUGGGAGCAGGAUGUGGGGAGGGAGGGUGAGCUCCUUGCUGCUCUGCAGCUGGCGUCUGUCAGGCCCGUCUCAUGCCCUUCCCUUUGCCUUGCAGGUGUUCAAGGUGGAGGUGCUGUACAAUGGCCGGAAACACGCCGUCGAGAAGCGCUACAGCGAGUUCCACGCCCUUCACAAACGGAUAAAGAAGCUGUGCAAGGUUCCCGACUUCCCCCCAAAACGAGUGCCCAACUGGAUGACCAAGGUGUUGGAGCAGCGGCGGCAGGGCCUGGAGGUUUAUAUUCAGGGCGUUGUGUACUACAAUGAGGAGCUUCCCAAGGAGGUGCUGGACUUCCUAAAACUCCGGCAUGGUUACCAGGACCCCAAGGGCAGCAGCCUGGCUUCUCCAUGUGCCUUCCCAGUGGAGGAGAGCAGGUUCCUGCUCACCCACCGGCCAGUCCUGAGCUUCUACAAAGACCCAUACAUACUGCACCCAGCCACAAACCUGCUGCCUGACACUGUGCUGAGUGGUGUGCUACAGGGCCUCUAUGCCCCAGAGAGUACUGUCUAUCAGACACCUGCCCCCAAAAGAUCCUACUGCCUGGCUCCCCAGGCACUGGGAGAGGAGAUGGAAGCUGAGCCUAGCUUUGGUACAAGGGACUGA